AUGGGCCCAGAGUAUUCAUUGCCUUCUUCUCGCAGCGGUUCUAUCUCAAGAGGAGAUCCCUCUCCAGACUAUUACAAUCCAUUUCCUUUUGUUGAUGUACGCAGCUCUGAUUUCCAAAUCAGUUCUAUAAAGUCAAGUGGAACACCUGAGAAAAAGAUCGACUUACAAAAACCGACCAAAAAACGGAAAAUGGGCUUUAAAUUGAACCUUAAGAUAGUAAACACUAAUGCCAACGAGUCAGAACCAGACCUUAGACAAAACACUGAAAGGUCUGCUCUUCAAAAUACACCACACAUUAAAUUCUCUGUAGCUGAUGGCCCCCUCUCUCCAACACACCAGUCUUCAGAAAAGAAGACUCCAAGAGAGAGCAGAAAGAAACAUUGGAGUUUUGGUGUUUCGUUCAAGCACAAAAAGGACAAAGAUAGUGACAACGAAGACAUUGAAAGUGACAAUCAAAACUUGAUAUCCCCACGUGGCAAUUCACAAGGGAUCAGUCCGCGUGGGAAAAAGAAUAAAAUAGUUCAGAACUUAGACAAAGCGUAUUAUUUCGUUAUUGAGACUGGACUCAAAGAGUACAAAAUCCUUUAUGACUCUAAUGUGAUGGAUUUGGAUCCACGAACAGUCAGUACGUGUUGCGAUGGUAAAUGUUCUGUUGUCUUUGCCCUAUUUUGGAAAGGUGGACUCUUUGGGGUAUUCAACAGAGAGCUUCUCCAUUCGGAGAAAACAAAGAAGGUGGUGAAUGAGAGUGAAGAAGUCUUUUUAUUCUCCUUCAAACGUGACAAAAUCGAACCUUCAAUAAUGAGAAGGACAAAGCCUGAGAACAAAAGUAUCACCUUAUAUGGUAAAGAAGAAAAGUCGUUCAUCGUGAUGAUGUUCUCUGCAUUUUGGUUGUCCCAAGACGGAAAGGCAUCAUUCCAUUCUAUGAUUCGAGAAUACUAUAACUUCCCAGAUAAACUGUUUAAUCCAUUUGGAGAAAGAAGUUUGAACGAGAAAAUAGAAGUCGAAAGACUUUGUAUUGUUGAGUUGUGUUAA